CUUCAGCAAUGGCAGAGCAGAAGUUUAACAACACACCAUUCAAUCUAAAACCUAAAAAGCGAUGCCAGUCAGAAGUUAAAACGAAGGAAAACAGCGUGUUUGAAGAAAUGAACAUGAAAAAUAAAGGAACUAAACAAACUUCUGACACAAAUGAUAAGCAGUGUGCAUGUAUACAAUCUUGUACAUCAGUAACCAUUUGCUGGGGUAUUCUGUUACUGAUCAUGGCCCUUCGCAUCUAUUUUACCACAUUGUUAAUUCAUAAGAACAAAGACUUAUUGAGGAGUCAACUCAACUGGACAAACACCUCCACUGCCUUUGAAACACAGAUCAGAGACCUCAUUGCAGAAAACCAGAACCUAACAGAACAAAUAAAACUCAUGAAGAUGGAGCUCAGUCUUGGUCCAGGUCAGUGCAGUGUUGAUGCCUACUGUCCCAAAGAAAAUAACAAAAAGGUUUGCAACACUUGUCGGGAGGGCUGGCUCCACUUUGAGUCAAACUGCUAUGCAAUUAAUGAUGCUGAACUUGGUGAGCAGAAAACCUGGGAAGAAGCUCGAGAAAACUGCAAAGGAAAAAUUUCCGAUUUGGCCGUUGCAAUUAAUGCAACAGAAAAGAAAUAUAUCAGUGACAAAAGCUGGAAGAGUUCAGGAGAAAAUGGAUACUGGAUCGGUCUGAGAGCUGAAGGUGGGAAAUGGAAAUGGGUGGAUGGAAGUUAUCUGACUGAUAAGCUGGAUCAGAAGCUAAUUUUUCCCACAGAGAUCAUAACAACUGCUCUGCAACCAGACCUCGUCCUUUGGUCUAACUCCCAAAAACAUGCGUACGUCAUUGAACUGACAGUACCACGGGAGGGAGCAAUUCAGGAAGCAUUUGAACGUAAGAAGCUGCGGUAUGCCAACUUGGCAGCUGAGGCAGAGGACCGAGGCUGGAAGAUCAAGGUGCGCCUGGUGGAAGUGGGGUGCAGGGGCUUUGUUGCCAGUACAACAGCAAAACUGCUUAGAGAGAUUGGGUUCAGGGGACAGGCACAACGGCAGGCUAUAAGAGAAUUAGCUAACACUGCUGAGAGAACCAGUCACUGGCUAUGGCUAAAAAGGGCUGACAUCACUUGGGCAGCUAAGGCAGUCAGCUAA